CAUCCAUCUGUUAGCUGACAAAAUAACGACUAGUCUCUGAUUUGAAAUUUUUUCGUGAGUAAAAUUUUAUCAAAAUAUCAAACGUUUUGAGUUUUGUUUUCGAUUCGGUGUUUUGGGUCGUCAAUUCUCAGGAAGUUGAUCGAAAAGAUGAUAAGAACAGAAAAGAAGGUUCCGUUCUGUGCAGGGUGCAGACAUCGCAAAAACCUCAGCAGCUGAACCAUAAUUCUUUCAAAACUAUGAGUGAUACAUCCAGUCAUAAGAUUCACAGCAAUGGAGUUCGCCGCGAAUUUCAAACACUCGAAAAAGAAGUAUGGGAAUGGGUGUUACAAGAACGAAAAACCAAAGGCAAAUUACCGUCCAGAAAACUAAUUCAAAAUCAUGCUCUAGAAAUUUACCAAAAAGCUGGGCAUCAAGAUUUCAAGGCUAGUGUUGGUUGGUAUCGCAGAUGGGAAAAACGAUACGAUUUAAGAAAAAUUCGCGAUUCCGACGCUCAAACAGCUGCUCUACAGAUAGUCGAUACUGGAAAACAAUGCGAACAAGAACUGAACACCAACAUCGUCGACGCAGAAUAUCAAAAAUUUCCCAAUAUCGAUCUAAAUAACGACGUUAUUUUCUCGAAUAAUUCGCUGGAAAAUUUCUCAACGGAUGAUACGUUGAUCGGCAACAUUGAGAUGAUAAAUUCGCCUUCGGAAUUUUUCAAUUUCGGUGAUAGUUUUGAUAAAUCAUUGGAUUCGGUGGAUGUUUACGAUUCGUUGAAAUCAGUCACGGAUUCGGAUACCGUUUGUAUGAAGAAUUUCAUGAAGGAACUUAUCGACGAUUUCGGAAAAUAUUUUUCCGAAAAUGAAAAAUCCGGAGAGACUCGAACGAUUAAAUUCAAUAAGAAGAGUUGCAAAUACGAUGAUGAUUUCAAAGAUAAAGUCAUUCAGUACAUUAACGAUCACUGUAUUAAAGAAGCUGCUAAUAAAUUCAACGUUCAUCGAGAUACCAUUGCUGUGUGGAUGAAAAAUGAGGAUUUUCAUAAAAAUUUGACGGAGAUUAUCAAUGAAAACAAAACGAAAAAUCAGCCAAAUCAAGAAGCAGCGAAAAAAGAAAAAGAAUUCUUGGACUGGUUAUCGGAAAACGAAAAAAAUGACGUCGUCGUUUCCAAGUCACAAGUGAAAAAUAAAAUUUCUGGUUUACUUAUCGAGGGUGAUGUUUCAGCGAACUCUCACUGGUUUAUAAAAUAUUGCCAUAGAUACAUUAACCAAAACGAAGGCAACAAAACACCAAAGAUUCAAUACUCCGAUCAGUUUCAAAAAUUAAUAGUGAAUUAUUCAAACAAAACGUCCCAGAUUAAAGCAGCAUCUGUAUUUAAUUUAGCCAGAAAACAGCUGUUCAAUUGGAUGAAAAAUAUUCGAUCAGAGAGAAAUAUUAACAAACAACGAGCCAACGGAAAACUGCUUCAAUGGUACAAUUCUCAUGAGAUCAAACCCGAUGGUAAAAUUAUUCGUGAAAAAGCCAAGACGGUAUAUUGUACCGAAGGUGCAGAUAUAAUCUGCUCUUCCACUUGGUACUAUAAAUGGUGCGCCAAGAAUAAAAUUUCCGUGAAAAGUCACUGUGACGAAGAAAUCGUAAAAUGGAUUUUAGAAUCUUACGAUCUAAAUUCGUCAGUUAGUCAUCAAGAUGUGCAGCAGAAGGCGCUGGAAAUUUAUCGAAAUAAUAUGGAAGGCGAAUUCAAAGCAUCUUCCGGUUGGCUAUUACGAUUUUGUCGAAGGUAUAUGGAUUUACUUCGACGUGUUCCUCCUAUAUCUGCACAGUUACCGAUCACUUGCGAAGAAAACGUUGAAAAUUUUAGACGAAAUUUAUCAACGAUAAAAUCGAAACAUUGCAUCGAUCUUCAGUCCUUCGGUGUCAUGGAUGAGAUUUUUCUAAGACUGAAACCUCUCGGAAUUAUCGAGAGUAAUAAUAAAAAGACUUUGUUACGAAGUUGCGGCUUGAAUAAUAUCCAAGGCACCGUCAUAUUGGCGUGUUUAGCUGAUGGGUUCAUUUUACCACCUCUUCUUAUCUUAAAAGAUAAGAAUAUCGACCAAAAAUUGCAUAGAUGUGAAAUUUUGUAUCAUUUGAAUGGAAUAGUGGAUGACGACGUGUUACUCGAUUGGUUGAAAAAUAUCUGGUUCAAAUCGGUUAAAUCUCCAAAUAUUUUAUUACUCGAUUCUUUCGCUCCUCACGUUAAAGAACCAGUCAAAGAAUAUUUUACCAAAGAAAACUCUUUUGUGGAAGUUAUUCCAGCAGGAUGUUCGUCAAAACUUAAUCCUCUUCUUCAAAUUAUUACUCCACUAUUUCAAGAAAGUAUCGACGAAAAUUGCAAAAAGUGGUUCAACGCUAAUAACUGUUCUUGGCAACUUGGUGGCAACAGUCCAUUGUUGAGUUCGGAGGAUAUAAUCCAUUGGGUCGAGAAAGCUUACGAAGCUAUAAAUACAGAAAAUAUUAAGGAAAACGUGCGGAAAAUGUUUCUAGAAAUGAAUCUGAUCUCAGCGUAAUUUUCAGACUGAAUUUCAUGUGUUCUUUAUGUUUGUGAUUCAAAAUUAUUUUUCAAGACUGAUUACGUAAUGCGUGAAUUUUUCGCCAAUUACGAACAUACAUGUACAAUUUUUGACAAAAUACAUUUACCUGAGCAUAUGU